AUGGGGGAUUCUAACCUAGCUACCUCAACCCCUUUGACCUUGGGAAGUAAUCGACGAGGCCCUCACCCCGCAUCGAAAGACCGGCCGGUGGAUUUCCCCGAAUGGGGUCAGCCUUCAGCCAGCGGAUACCGCGUAACUGGCCACAUUAUCGGAGAACCAUGGCCCGGAAGGCAGGGCAAACCAUUCAAAGUGAUCAUGAUGGGAGCCGGGCCUGCAGGGAUCGACUUCUUGCACCACGCCCAGAAGGCUCUGGAAGACCUGAACGUGGAAAUAAAAUGUUUCGAAAAGAACGCCGACGUGGGUGGUACAUGGUACGAAAAUCGCUACCCGGGUUGUGCCUGUGAUAUCCCCAGUGCCAACUAUCAGUUUCCUUGGCGUCCGAAUCCCGACUGGACUCAUUUCUACAGUGGUGCCCGGGAGAUCUGGGAAUAUCUGAAAGGUAUUGUCUUAGAUGAAGGACUUGAUGAGUACAUUCAGCUCAAUACACGGGUCGAGAAGGCUGUCUGGCAUGAUGAUAUAUCGCGGUGGGUUUUGACUUUGCGUGGUGCACAUGAUCAGGUGUGGGAGGAGGAUUGCGAUGUGCUUUUGGAUGGAACAGGGCCUCUGAAUGCCUGGAAAUGGCCGAGUAUCCCUGGACUAAAGACCUUCAAAGGGCGCCUCUUUCACACAGCGCAUUAUGAGGAAGGAUAUGAUCUGACGGGCAAGCGUGUGGCUGUCAUUGGGUCUGGUAGCUCUGGGGUUCAAACCGUCGCUUCAAUUUACCCUCAUGUAUCCAGGUUAUAUGCCUGGGUGCGUAACCCUACAUGGAUCACGGCAGGGUUUGCUCAAAAGUAUGCCGGCAAGGGCGGCGCGAAUUUCAAGUACUCAGAGGAAGAUAAAGCCGAAUGGCGUCGGAACCCAGAGAAGUACUUUGAUUACCGCAGACUGAUCGAAGGCGAGCUGAACCAACGGUAUAAACUUGUGCUCAGGAAUACGAAAGAAUCACACGAGGCCAAUGAAUACGCAUAUAACGAAAUGAGAAAGAAACUUGACAGCAAGCCGCAUCUCGUCGAUAAAAUUAUCCCCAAGAAUUUCAACGUGGGCUGUAGGCGGCCAACUCCCGGAAACGGGUACUUAGAGGCCCUAGUAGGAGAGAAGACCACUGCUUUCACCGAACCAGUAGCAAGUAUCACAUCCAAAGGCUUCACAGACCAAGAUGGAAACGAGUACGAAUGUGAUGUUAUAAUCUGCGCCACCGGCUUUGACACCUCAUACCGACCUCAAUUUCCUAUCUACGGACUCGACGGAGUCUGCUUACAAGAACGCUGGGCUGAAGUCCCCGAGUCCUAUGUAGGAAUCGCUGCUCCCAGGAUGCCAAACUAUCUUAUGUUCUCUGGGCCAUUCACACCCGUUGCACAGGGAUCCCUUCUACCUAUCAUCACAAAGAUGAGCAAGCAUUGUCUGCAAGUUAUCCGCAAGAUGUACGUACAGCACAUUCGAUGUAUAACUCCGAAGGACUCCGCCAUUGCCCAGUUCAUGGAGCACUGCCGUGCAUAUCUCCCACGAACAUGCUGGGCCGAUCCAUGCACUAGCUGGUUUAAGCAAGGGAGGUCCGAUGGUCCCAUCGUGAUGUGGCCCGGCUCCCGUCUUGCAUUUUUCGAUGUGCUUAGUACUCCCCAGUGGGAAGAUUUCGAUAUAGAGUAUCAUUCUGGGAAUCGGUUCGGUUUCCUAGGAAGCGGGUUUUCGCAUUGUGAAUUCUCUACCGAGGAGCAACUAACAUCCUAUCUGAAUGUUGAGAUGGUGAACACGUUGCCUUACCCGGAGGUUAAAAGGUUGAUAGAAACCAAGGGAACUGGGAAAGUGAAAGAGAAGCCUCGGGCAAAUGACACAUCUCCCUAG